AUGUCUGCCUUCCAGGAGUGGGAGUCCAAACAGCCUUGGCUGGACAUUCGCUGCAGUUUGGGUGAAGGCCCGUUUUUCGAGGAGGAAAGCGGCACGAUUCGUUUUCUCGACAUCAAGCAGAAGCGGAUACACCAGGCAUCACUUAAGGAUGGAAUCUCCGGCCUGGAAACUAUCCAGCUCGAUGUCGCCCCCACCGUGACGUGCAACAUCGCCGGCAUCAAACCCAACGACCGAAUCCUUAUCGCCGUCAAGACAGGCAUCGCUGUCCUAGAUUGGAAGACGGGAAAAUACGAAGUGAUUGGCACCUUUCCCCCCAACAAGCGACUUCGAAGCAAUGACGGCUCGGCCGACCCACAGGGCCGUUUUUGGGUUGCCACGAUGACGGAUUUUGAAUUUGGGGAGUGUUCACUUUACUAUUUUACGAAGGGCCAUCAGGCAGUCGAGGUUCUCAAGGACCUCAUCAUCCCCAACUCAGUAGGCUGGUCUCCAGACAACAGCGUAAUGUACUUUACCCAUUCAACAGCCCAUCAGGUGCUCGCCAUGGACUAUGAUGUAAAAUCGGGACAAGCCACAAAUCAACGGAUAUUCUACGAGCACAAGGGGCCGGGGGAUCCUGACGGGUUUCGAGUUGACGUAGAGGGAAACAUCUGGCAUGCCAUCUACGGCGAGUCUCGAGUCAUCAAGAUUAGCCCAACCGGUGAGCUCAUUGGCCAGAUUAACCUGCCAACGCGAAACAUCACAUGUGUCCAAUUUGCAGGCACUGAGCUGGUCAUUACAACGGCGGCAGACGAGGACAGCGAUGACGAAACGAGCAGGCGGUUUGGAGGGGCGGUAUUCAAAGUGGAGGUCGGGGUUCGUGGACUGGAACUUUUUGACUUCAGGCUUGACACAGAAUAA